GUUUUCUUCUUAAGUUAUUUCCUGUUUCAUCUCCCGGUAUCGAGUAAAGAAUAAGCAGUUGGAAUCCGGGAGUCCGGGUUUCGAGCCCCGCUCCUUGCCUGGCUCGGUUUUGACUCCUGGGGGCCGCGGGGCGCCUCGUCCCGCAGCCUCCCUCCGGGCGGCGACCACCGGGGCGCGGGGGAUGGACAGGGAGACGCGCGUGUUCGCGGAGAGGCACUUCCGUGGCCUCCACGGGUGUCUCCCGGGCGGAGCCUGCCGGACCCCGGAGCGUGCUGACUUCAUCGAGAAGCCGGACUCCUUCUCCUACGCCGAUUUCUUUAAGGGCUACCUGCUCCCCAACCUGCCCUGCGUUUUCUCCAGCGCCUUCACGGAGGGCUGGGGCAGCAGGAGGCACUGGGUGACGCGCAGCGGGAAGCCCGACUUCGAUUAUUUGCUCCAGAAGUAUGGAGACAUGGUUGUACCUGUUGCAAACUGCGGAGUGCAGGAGUACAACUCGAACCCCAAGGAACACAUGCCCCUCAGAGAUUACAUUAGCUACUGGAAAGAGUACAUCCAGGAGAACUACUCCUCUCCACGGGGCUGUCUGUACCUCAAAGACUGGCACCUGUGCAGGCAAGGUGGUCUCCCCCAGCAUGGACCUGACUCCUGCCCAGUGAUCCCCCUCUCUGUGGGAAUCCACAGGGUCUCCCCGAUGGAGGACGUGUACACCCUGCCAGUGUACUUCUCAUCAGACUGGCUGAAUGAGUACUGGGACGCCCUCGAUGUGGACGACUACCGAUUUGUCUACAUGGGGCCCGCAGGCACCUGGUCGCCGUUCCAUGCCGACAUCUUCCGCUCCUUCAGCUGGUCUGUGAAUAUCUGCGGGAGGAAAAAAUGGCUCCUCUUCCCGCCAGGGCAAGAAGAAGCCCUGAGGGAUCGCCACGGCAGCCUGCCAUACGAUGUGACCUCCCCCGCGCUCCUGGACACCCGCCUGUACCCCUCGCACAUGCACUGUGAACCUCCCCUGGAGAUCACACAGGAGGCUGGCGAGAUGCUGUUCGUGCCCAGCGGGUGGCACCACCAAGUCCACAACCUGCCAUGCCCUGCUCCUUCCAGGAGGACACCAUCUCCGUCAACCACAACUGGGUCAAUGGCUGUAACCUGGCAGCCAUGUGGCGCUUCCUACAGCGGGAACUCCAGGCCGUGCAGCAGGAGAUCCACGAGUGGAGAGACACCAUGCUGGACUGGCACCACCACUGCCAGAUCAUCGCUGAAAGGCGGCUCCUCACCCUGGCCGACGGAGCGGACACAGGGAAGCCGGAGGGUGCCUGUGGGGCUGGGCUGGGCCCCCAGCAAGCCGCUUUUGACAUCAGCCGGAUCGCCGAGGUGCUGGCCUCAGUGACUGCCAACCCUGACUUCCAGAGAGUGGACACCAGCACAUUCUCACUGCAGCCCGGGGACCUCCUACAGCAGCUGGAGGAGGCUGUUGCUGCCUCUUUGUCCUUAUAGUCCCAUGCUGGGAGGACUCGGUGCUGCACACCUGGACCUCCUCAAGCUCCAGGCGUCCCUUCCGUGAAUAAAGCACUGCCCUUGGCCGUGUGCCUGGGCCACCCCCCUCCCUCCUGAGCCUCUGUUACCUCCAUGGCUGAUGGGAAUGACUCCUGUGAGGGUCGACAUGGUCUUCUGAGGGUCCCAUGUGGUCCUCUGAUGGUCUGAUGCAGUCUAUUGAGGGUCCCACGAAGUCCUAUAUUGGUGUGACCUGGUCUUGUGAGGGUCCCAUGUGAUCAAUGAGGGUGCCGCGCACUCCUGAGAGUCUUCCGUGUGGUCCUGUGGGGAUCUGACACAGGUCUGUUGGGGGUCAGGGGUCCCAUGCAGUCCCUCGAGGUUCUUACAUGGCCCUGGAGGGUCUGACCCAGUCAUGGCUAUCACCUAGCAUAGUUUUGGACUCUCAAAAAUCGACAGCCCCUGCAACCUGCCAGUGUUUCUGUUGGGAUUUUCUUGAGUGAGGCCUGGCCCGGACUGAGAGCUCCUGGUCAAGGGAGAAAGUGGGUUUGAGGGUAUUGGUCCGUCUGAACUGCAGUGAGAGGCCUUUGUUCCUGAGGGAGGCAGGGGAGCAUGCUGGGACUCCGGAGUGGGCUGUGGUGUCACACAGGGUCAAGGCUGCUCAUGGGGCUGAGGCAAGCCUGAGGGUUUCCAUACUGGCUGUGAGGCCCCAUUCCCACCUGUCCUCACUUGUCAAGGGAAAAGCAGCUAGCUGAUAACAGAGGCUUAAAAGUUUGUAAACUUUCUUGGAUAUAGUAAGAUCAUGUUGGAAGCAAUAGAGUUAUUUUAGGUUUUUUUUUCUCUUAUUCCUUUGUUUUCUUAGGGGUUGUUAAUUUUCUUGGGGUAUGGUAG